UGCAGUCACGUGGAGGGAGGUCGUUCUGUCUGAGCAAAAGUCGGCAGGGCGCCGGAGAAGAGUUAAACCCGUUCCUAGAGGGAGGUUGCUGGUUCGGUACCGGCGAGGUUUGCCAAGGAUUUCGCUGCAGGGACACCAUGUCAGUAGCCGAACUUUACACCAAGUCAACCAAAGUGUGGAUUCCUGACCCCGAGGAUGUAUGGAAAUCUGUUGAGCUAACUAAAGAUUACAAGGAAGGGGAUUGUAUCCUAUAUCUCAAACUGGAAGAUGGAACUCACAUGGAGUAUCCGAUAAACCAGAAGACUCGGGAGCUGCCAUUUCUCCGAAACCCUGAUGUUUUAAUAGGUGAAAAUGACUUGACAGCACUCAGCUACCUGCACGAACCUGCAGUGCUCCACAACUUGAAAGUGAGAUUUAUGGAAUGUAACAGCAUCUAUACAUAUUGUGGUAUUGUUCUGGUAGCUAUCAACCCGUAUGACGAGCUCCCUCUUUAUGGUGAUGAUGUUAUUUACGCUUACAGUGGGCAAGAUGUGGGAGAGAUGGAUCCCCAUAUCUUUGCAGUUGCCGAGGAAGCAUACAGGCAGAUGGCCAGGGAUGACAAGAACCAAUCAGUUGUAAUCAGUGGAGAAUCAGGAGCAGGGAAAACGAUGUCUGCCAAAUGCAUGAUGCGUUAUUUUGCAACCAUGGGAGAAUCUUCCAGUGAAACUAAUGUGGAGGAGAAGUUUCUUGCAUCCAGCCCUAUAAUGGAGGCAAUUGGAAAUGCCAAAACUACAAGAAAUGACAACAGCAGUCGGUUUGGCAAAUACGUAGAGAUCAGCUUCAGUUGUAAACAUCGCUUAAUGGGGGCCAGCAUGCGAACGUAUUUGCUGGAGAAAUCGAGAGUUGUGUUCCAGGCAGAGGAGGAGAGGAAUUAUCACAUUUUCUAUCAGCUCUGUGCCUCUGCUAAUCUGCCUGAAUUUUCUGAAUUGGAUCUUGGUAGUGCAGACAAUUACUUGUAUGUUAAUCAAGGAGGGGCCAUUUCAACUGAUGGAGCUGAUGAUUCUGCAGACUUUGAAAAAACUCGGACAGCCUUCACUACAUUGGGUUUCUCUGAGACUUUUCAAAUGGAAAUAUUUCAAAUUAUAGCUUCCAUCCUUCAUCUGGGAAAUAUAACCUUCCAGACAAAUGAUCGCGAUGGUGAUCGGUGUUUUGUUAAUUCACAUGAUAAACAUCUCCAUCGGUUCUGCGAGAUACUGGGACUGGAGCGAGACCAAAUGGCUCAUUGGCUUUGCCACCGCAAGCUGACUACGCUGAAUGAAACCUUCAUCAAAUGCAUGACGGUUCAGCAGGCCACCUGCUCCAGGGAUGCCCUUGCCAAACAUAUUUAUGGGCAACAUUUCCACUGGAUUGUCAAUCAGAUCAAUAAAGCACUCAGGUCCUCCUCUAAGCAGCAUGCCUUUAUCGGCCUGCUGGAUAUUUAUGGGUUCGAAACAUUUGAAAGGAACAGUUUUGAGCAGUUUUGCAUUAAUUAUGCAAAUGAAAAGCUACAGCAACAAUUUAAUUUGCACGUGUUCAAACUCGAGCAGGAAGAAUACUUGACUGAAGGAUUAUCAUGGACAUUAAUUGAUUAUCAUGACAACCAACCUUGUAUUGAUAUCAUUGAAGCAAAGCUUGGUAUCUUGGAUCUUCUGGAUGAAGAAUGUAGGAUGCCUAAAGGAACGGAUGAGAAGUGGGCCCAGAAGCUCUUUGAUCGGCAUCAGCAAGCAAGUCGCUACUUCCAGAAACCCAGGAUGUCAAAUUCUGCUUUCAUCAUUCAUCAUUUUGCUGAUAAUGUGUUGUAUCAAUGUGAAGGAUUUUUGGAGAAAAAUAGAGACACAGUUUAUGAAGAACCGAUUAAAAUUUUGAAAGCAAGCAAGUCAAUGUUGAUUGCUGAGCUGUUCCAGAAGGAAGAUGUUUCUUCAAGGCAUCACACCUCCAACAUCACGCUAAGGUCUCUAAGAAAAGCGUCACCUGCGACGAGUGAGCACAAGAAAACUGUGAGCUAUCAGUUUCGAGCUUCACUCCAUCUGCUUAUGGAAACUUUAAAUUCUACAACCCCACAUUAUGUUCGCUGCUUGAAACCAAAUGAUACAAAGCAAUCUUUCUUGUUUAAUGCAAAGAGAAUGGUCCAACAGUUACGAGCUUGUGGUGUUCUUGAGACAGUCCGACUCAGUGCUGCUGGAUAUCCCUCAAGAUGGACGUACACAGACUUUUUUAGCCGCUAUAGAGUUUUGAUGAGAAAAGGUGACAUUCAUGAGGACAAGAAACAGACUUGUAAAAAUGUACUAGAAAAUCUAAUCAAGGAUGGGAAUAAAUAUCAAUUUGGAAAGAGCAAGAUAUUCUUUUCGGCGGGACAAGUAGCCUACCUGGAAAAGCUCCGUGUUAACCAGUUGCGCGCUGCCUGCAUAAUGGUGCAGAAGGUGAUGAGAGGUUGGCUUCAGAGAAAGCAAUAUCUGCAGAUGUACAAAGCCACUAUUGUAAUACAGAAAUAUACAAGGGGAUUUCUGGCUAAAAGAUUUGUGGAGCAUUCUCGACGAACGAGGGCUGCGAUCGUGAUACAGAAGCAAUACAGAAUGCUGACUGUGCGGAGGGUGUACGUACUCACCUGUAAAGCAGUCAUCACCAUUCAAGCUUGGUUUAAAGGCACGGCUGCAAGGCGGAUGUAUUGCAAGAUGGUCCGUGAGCGAAAGGCUGUGGUCCUGCAGAGGUACGUCCGAGGGUGGCUGGCCUCCUUGAGGUAUGGGAGAACCCGGCACGCUGUUAUCCACAUCCAGUCCUGUUACCGGCGCAUGGUGGCAUAUCGUCAGCUCAAGAAGCUGAGGGCUGAAGCUCGUUCAGUUGAGCACUACAGGAAGUUAAACAAGGGAAUGGAGAACAAAAUCCUUCAGCUCCAAUGCAAGGUGAACGAUCAGACCAAAGAAAACAAAAUACUGGUAGAGCAAAUGUCAUCUCUUGUUACCUCACACAAAAAUGAGAUGCAGAAACUGAAGAAUGAAGUGGAACAUGUUCAUCAUAGAGCUGAGGAAGCUCAAAUCCUGGUCAUGCAGGAGCAGAUCACAAGACUGCAGGAGGAACUAAAACAAGUGCUGAAAGACAGAAGAAACGCUGAAGCAAGAGCCUCUCAAGAACUGGCUCAGUUGAGACUGCAUUUUACAGUUCUUCAAAAUGAAAACAGUCAGUUAAAUGAUGAAAAAGAAAGUGUUAAUAAACUGAUUAUGGAGCAGUCGAAGAUUAUUGAAGAACAAGUUUUCCUCAAGGUGGCAUCAAAGAGUCGCCAAUUACAGGCUGAAUAUGAGGAGGAACGACUCCACUACCAGAGCCUCUUGAGAGAAUUCUCCCGCCUUGAACAACGCUAUGAAAAUCUGAAGGAUGAAAUGACCUUUAUGAAGAUGAAUAAAAUGAGAAAUACAGAUACUUCAGAAAUAAGUGCUAAGUGUCAAGAACUUGAAAAUGAGAACCAGGAACUAAAGGAUCAACUCAUCCAGCUAAGAAAGGUUAGUCAUCCUGCAAGUGAGACCAGAGAUCAAAAGGAUGCCAGCUGUCAUUUACUGCUCCAACUGAAAACAGCUACCAAAGAGGCUGAAAUGCUUAAAGGGGAACUGGUCUGGCUAAAAUCUCAACUCAUUACGGCAGAAAAAAAGGCUGAGGCAAUGAAAAAUAAGGCUACCAUGGCCGAUAUCUUUGGAUUACCCAAAGACGGAAAUAAGAUGUCUGAGGAUGAUCUGCGAUGUGCUUAUGAUGCAGUCCGUGUUGCCAACAAGCUGCUUGUGGACCAGUUGCGAGCAGAGAAGGAUCGGCACGUGAAGGAAAUGGAAGCUUUUCGAAGCAAAGCACGCGAGGAGAGGGAGAAUUUCGAAAAGCAGCGCCAAUGGUUUGCGCGUUCACGGCGGCUGUUACUGGAGGAAAAUGUGGAGGGUGGUUUACAACAGGAAGUUAUGCGACUCGCCAAUGAAAAUUUGGACUUACUGGAGCAGAUGGAGGCGCAGGAGAGAACUUUACACAAGCUGAAGAAACGGUUACAAUCUACGGAGGAGACAAGAAGGUCAAAAUCUGAGUCCCGUGUCUGCGAACUGCCCAAAGCCACUUCCAUCGAAAGGAAAGCAAAAGAUUUCCAGGGAAUGUUGGAAUGCCGGAAAGAAGAUGAAGUUCGUUUAAUCAAGAACCUUAUCACAGAUCUCAGCCCACAAUUGGAUGCACUGUGUGCACUGCCAACUCUGCCUGCAUUUCUUCUCUUCAUGUGUAUCAGACAUGCAGACCACAUGAAUGAUGAGCAGAAGGCCUAUUCCCUGCUCACAGCCACACUAGGCGGUAUAAAGAAAGUGUUGAAGAGAAACAAUGAUUUUGAGACGGUGGCAUUCUGGCUUUCAAAUACUUACCGUCUUCUUGUCUGCUUAAGGCAGUAUAGUGGUGAUGAGAGUUCGGAUGAAAUGAACACACCUGCACAAAGAAAGCACACUUUGAGGAAUUUGGAUCUCUCCCAGUACUGUCUGGUUUUAUCUGACCUUGCCGUUCAGCUCUAUCACCAACUGAUCAAAGCUGCCGAGGGAAAGCUCCAGCCAAUGAUUGUGUCUGGGAUGCUUGAAAAUGAUACGAUUCAGAGCAUGACCAUGAGACCAGCAGGUUACAGAAAGAGGGCAGGAGACCAACUUGGCGUUGCCACUUCCUACACGCUGAAUACCAUCCUUCAGCAAUUAAGCUCGUUCCACAGCAUCGUCUCCAAACAUGGUCUAGAUCCUGAAAUUAUUAAGCAGGUUUUCCGACAGAUAUACUACACAAUAGCAGCAAUCACACUGAACAACAUGCUUCUGCGAAGGGAUGUGUGCUCGUUUAAUAACGGUGUCCAAAUCAGGAACAAUGUCAGCCAGCUAACCGAGUGGCUAAGGAGCAGAAGCUUGCACCAGAGUGGUGCAGUGGAGGUCCUGGAGCCACUGGUACAGGCCUCACAGCUGCUGCAGUUGAACAAAGUGACAGAUGCGGAUGCUGAAGUGGUCUGUUCCAUGUGCACUCUACUCACACAGCCACAGAUUGUGAAGAUUUUGACCCUUUAUACACCUAUGAAUGAGUUUGAGGAGCGUGUGACUGUAACGUUUAUAAAGACCAUUCAGAAUCGAUUGGUGGACAGAAGUCCAAGUCGGCAGCUGUUGAUGGAUCUGAAGCAUGUGUUUGCUGUAAACUUUCCUAUUAUUCCUUCUCCCAUGAAUCUGGAGGAGAUUAGAAUCCCUGAGGUCUUGCAGCUAGACUUCCUCAAGAGAACCUGAACAUGUAUCUGGAUGACAAGUUCAGUGGAAGCCUAUUUAUAACUGCCGAGGGUUAUGUUGGGAAAAUUACAUAUUUUUGCACUAAUUGUGAUUAUAUGCAAGUCGUGUAUCCAAAAUAUUUAAUUGAAUAGUUCAGUCCAUUUCAGCAAAAGAUAUUUUAAAUAAAUUCAACUGACAAUUUUUGACUUAAUUGUAGAUACAGAGGUACAUAAUUUGUUUGGUAAUUAGAUCAGGCUUCUGGAACUGUUUAAACAUGGAUUCAGCACUUUAGAUAAUUAAUAUGCAUUCCUUAACCUUUUGCACAGGUGUUCAGUGUGGCUGCACCUCAAAUCUGCAAGCGAACAUGGAAUUGGGUGGUUAACAAUCAGUUAUUUUAUUUUCAUUUUUAGAGUCUUUUUAUGGCAUCUUCACUUGUGGAACUGGGCAUUUGAGUUGGUGUGUCACUAGUUUUACUCUUACACAGUUCCCUAGAUCCUAAACAGCAGGUGGCUUCACCAUAGAAGAAAUAACCUCAUUGAAACAGGAAUGACUUUGGGAUGGUUCUCAUGUUCAUAACUAUUUGUUGCAAACUUAUUAUUAACAUUUUAAUUACUAAGAGGUUGUAAUAUUGGAAGAGGUUUUUUGCACAAAUGUAAAUGUGAAAAUAUAUUUAAUGUGGA